AUGACUUGGAUUGAUGAACUUCCUUUAUCCCUAAAACAGUCUAUCAUAUCGACUAUAUCGAAAUACCCUGAUACAAAGCCGGUGUUUGAACAUUUACACACAUAUCUAUCGGAUAAACAACCACCUGCCAAGAAGCAAAAAACAUCACCAGUCAAUAAAAAGAAGGAAAGUACAAAGACUCCACAACCAGCUGAUAAAUUGGAAGAACAUGAGUCGUUUACGUUAAAUAUUACCAAACCUAUACUUGAAUCCGAGAAAAUAUUCCAACUAAAGCAGAUUUCAUUCCAGUCUCCAUUAAGAAAGAAGUUGAACUUGGUAUUCCAUCUACUUAUGGAGCCAGAUGCACCCCCGGAACCUAUAUUGUCCAUAGUGGCACCGCAGACGAAUAUCCCAGAAGUAUCCGUUAAUAAAUUGGGAGAACUGAUCAAAUUGUGCAUGUUAUUGCCAAUAUUGGGUAGCUCCAUGAACUCAAAAAAGAAGGUUGCCUUGCUUUGUAUCUGGUUAAAUAACUCUAGCGAUCCUAUUAUAUGCCAAAUAAAUUUCGAAUUGAUCAAAGUUCAGUUGAUCGAAGCAGGCAAAAUCCCACCAGAGCAGGAGAGCGGUGACGGAUCUGAUAGUGAAUCGGAAGAGUCUGAUGAAGAUCCCAUCCACGAUGCUAUCAUAGACUUUCUCCAACGCCAGUUCCAGUUGUGUGGUAUCAAUCUUGUGAACCAUGUGCCUUCAACAAACCCCUUAGCUAGUGGGAACAAGAAUACGUUUGCGUUGAACACAGAUUCAGGAAUUGCAAUUGAUUCAUUACAGACUCCAAACUCAUUGGUAAUGGUAACAGCCUACAAGGGCUCAAAGGAAGGCUCAUUGCUCUUACUUUCUGCCUCGAAUUCAACCAAACCGUAUUUGAUCUUUGGAUUUAAAAAGCCAAUUCUUAUUUUCGAGCUUUCUCGUGUGAAGCAUAUAUCAUAUACUAAUAUCACAAGGAUUACGUUCAGCCUACUCAUCACAAUUGAACACGAAGGAGCAGAGGAGGAAACAUUGGAACUUGGCAUGAUAGACCAACAAUAUUAUUCGGUUUUAGAUUCAUUUAUCAAGGGACAAAGAAUCAAUGAUAAUUCCUUCAAUGAUGACUUGAGAGAGAAGGUCAAGAAGAAUAAUGGGGAUGACGAAGGAGAUGCAGAAGGUGAAGAUGGAGACGGUGAAAAUGCAACAGGCAAAAGAGCUGGUGCCGAGUUGGGUGCCCUUUUAGAAGGACAAGACUUGGCAGAGAGUGAUGACGAAGACGAAGAUGGAACUUACCAGGUUGGCGUAGAAGAAGAUGAAGAUGGAAGUAGCCGUGCAAGUGGCAGUGACAGUGAUAGUGACAGCGACAGUGAUAGCGGGAGCGAUGUUGAUGAUGACGACGACGAUGAUAGCAUGGAAGUAGAGGAAGCAGAAGAAGAUGACGAAGAGGAGGAGAAAACAGAAAUCAAGAAGGAAUAA